AUGGAGCCCGAAAUUGUUGGGAGUGGAAAGCCCUACUCGCGGUCUGGAUUAAAGAAAGAAACUCGCUUUCAAUCCAUCUCCAAGACCUUCAAAGCAACGGCAACAGUGAUCACCACUCACCAGCAGAAGCAAAACCCAGAAUUGGAUCCCACUUCAUCACAAGAUGACUUCUUGGAACAGAUGCUCUCCAUUCUCCCUUCUUGCUCAUGGCCGUCCGACCUCAAGUCACCUUGGGACCCUCCCAAGUCCGAUGAAACCGGAGCUUCUAACCCCGACGAUAAUGUCGGCUUCCAAUACGAUGAGAUUCUGGCAUCCGAGCUUAGACAACAUCAACUCAACGGCGGCGGCGGCGGUGGAGGAGGGUCUUCUCCUGCUACGGAAGCCAUGAAAAUGAUGAUGCAACAGCAGAUAAUGUUACCUGGAAGAGGCGUCGCCGCCGCAGGUGGAGGAGGGUUGGCUAUGCCCUUGUCUUUGGAUGUUAGUGGUGCUGCCGUGUCUCGUCAUCAGACAGAUAAAGCUUCAGUGCUUGAUGAGAUAAUAGAUUAUGUCAAAUUCCUCCAGCUUAAAGUCAAGGUUCUGAUUAUGAGCAGAAUGGGCGGCGCCGGUGCCGUAGCUCCACAUGUUGCUAAUAUGCCUUCUGAGAGGAAUUUUAACGGCAAUCAAACGUCUGCGAACGACGACAGCAUAACGGUGACGGAGCACCAAGUGGCCGAGCUUAUUGAAGAGGACAUGGGCUCCGCCAUGCGGUUGAUCCGGUACUUGGAUGUUAAUCCGAUGCCGAUUGAUCAACAUGAAUCGCGGGAUGGGUUAAGCAUCAUAGAAGUUCGACAGAUGAGUACUUCCAUAGAGGAGCAUCACACUGCUCCUCGUAUACCCUUUUGGGAUCAGUCUCAGAUGAAUGGAAACACUGCAUUGUGA